CUGAGCUUCGAGCGGAAAUUUUAUUCUUAAAGGAGAUUUUUUUUUUUUUAAUUUGAUCAUUUUAGACUUUGUGCCACUUUGAAUGCACUUCAUCUUCCAGUCAAUCUACAGGAAUUCAUUGUUUUAAAAGCGGGAAACCGGGAAGAUAGAUGAUGUGAUGUACAACAAAAAACACGUUAAAUGUUUAACCAAAGCAUGUAACGCUGUUCAUUCAUUGCCAAUGUGUAGGUCUAGAUGUACAUUUCUAGUGUAAAGUUAUUGUAGGUAAACAAUGCACUGAAACAUUUCAUGAUCACAGUAUCACGUGAUUUUGUGCUGGUGUUAUUUCCAUUUAUCAAUGAAGAGUCUUGGUACACUUCAUUCUGUUGCUUUGAGGCUGAGGCCAUGGGAAUUUUGUUUUCCAUCUUGUGCAGACCAUGCCAGCGAUGCCGCAGACAUCACUAUCAGUUGUCCACAUACUUGACCACUCGUCAGAUACAGCUCAUACAAUGCACUUGGUCCAUUCUGAAACUGGACCUGAUCACCCUUGGCUUGACUGUAUUCCUACAUUUCUUUGAAACAGAGCCCGAUCUCAAAAUGUUGUUUCCAAAGAUGAUUCGAAUGAAUGAAAGUAAUCAGUUGGAGUGGGACGUUGAUAGGGAGAUGUUACAGAAACACGCUGUCACUGUGAUGGAAGGACUCGGGGCUGCUGUUGAAACUUUGCAUGACUCACAUUUACUUAACUCAGUGCUCAUAGCAUUAGGACAGACUCACGAGAAGAGAAACAUUAAACCUUACAUGCUGAAGAAAAUGUGGCCAUCUCUCCAGCACGGACUGUCGACUGUGCUGGGGAAGGGCUACACCAAGUCAGUCAGCAGGGCCUGGAGGAGACUUUACAGCUACAUUUGUCUGCAGAUGAAGAUUGGCAUGGAAAACCCCGACCUAAUUGUUGACAUCCACGAUGACCUAUCUGAAUCUUGACGCUCAUUGCAACAGAGGUCAACCGUCGUACCAAAGGGUCGAUUCAGAACUGAAAUCAAUCCAGAAGUUACUCACCCUAGUAACAUACUGCACAGUUACUUCUGCACUCAUCUGUCUUCAGUAGUAGAGCGAUCUACGUGUAUCAUGUCGUGGUAGGCAAUCAUAAGACGUUAUCUUAUCUUGGAUAGCAUGGUAGACUAUCAUAAGACGUUAUCUUAUCUUGGAUAGCAUGGUGGACUAUCAAAAGACGUUAUCUUAUCUUGGAUAGCAUG